UAUUAAUGGAGAAAAGUGGCAGAAAAGAUAGCCGUGUGAGUAAUCAGGGUUCCCACUCGGAGUCACACGCUAUGUCUACAGAAGAUACAACACACUGACUCCUUUGUCUUGAAGAGUUGGAUAUGAUGGCAAUGGGGCCUUGUAGUCAUAAGAAUGUCUGCGUAACCUGUAUGUUGAGGCUGAGAUUAAUACUGAAGGAUACGGCAUGUCCCAUUUGUAAAGAAAAUUUGGAAAGUAUCUGUAUUAUUGAUGACCCAUCCCUCUCUUAUGAUGAUAUAAAAGAAAUGGAAGAAGACUUACUAAGAGAUAGGGAUGACCCUACCGUUUUCUACCUUAACGAAAAAUGACAAAAUGAAGGGGAAAACCCCAGAAAACUAAUUUGCAGAAUCGGAAAAUGCAGACACAACAAAGAAUUCAGCAAUAUUAAUGGACUAAAGAGGCAUCUUGAAAGAGAACACAAGAGAUGCUUCUGUGAGAUCUGUAUGAAGCAUAGAAUUGUCUUCUUACAAGACCAGAAAACAUACUUAUUCAAGAAGCUAGUUGACCAUAUCGAGCAUGGAGACCCUGGGGAUGCUCAUUGCCCUCAAAUUCUCCCGCAUCCAUACUGUAACUUCUGUAAGAGACAUUUCUUCAACGAGGUGAUGCUUCAAGAGCAUUUGUUCAAGGAGCACAUGACAUGUCCCGUCUGUGGGGAUGAUUACAAGAAUUGGUACUACGUAGACUACGCCUCAUUGGAGAGACACUUUGACAAGACGCACUAUUUAUGCAAAAACAAAGGCUGCCUCAAAUAGCCUGUUUGUCGCGUUCAGGACAGAGGAAGAGCUGUCUCAACACAAUUUCAUGCUUCAUCAGAGAGGAGGUGUUGACAAGAAGAAGCAUGAAGAAGCAAAUCUACUGGGCUUCAAGACUGGAGGCAAAGCAGACUCAAAAGCUGAAGAAAUCAAGUUCAAAGAUGAUGAAGCCAUGGAUUUUGAAUGGUACUUUUCGGCGAAUUACAAGGUUAAAGACCCUAGGCAAGAAAAACGCAGAGAACAGCAAGAGGCUAAGGAGAACAGAGAAAGCAGGGAUAGAAAUAGAAGAAAUAACAAGAAACACGAAAAUAGAAAGGAAGAGGAAACUCCUGGAAAACCCAGCCAAAAAGCUAUUGGAAAUCUUCCCUCUGACGAAGACAAAGUUGAUAAGGUCCUAAAGGCGCUCCGCAAGUUUGUAUCAACUAUUGCCAGUCAAAACGAAGAUAGCAUCCCUGAUAGCAUUAGAUUGGAAACUAAGACCAAAAUGAAACAUUUGUAUAAGGUUAUCGGAAGAAUGACCCCAGCCAAAAUAAUGAACUACGAGUUCCUGACCAACUUCGGUGUAUCAAUUAAAAGCAAGACAAAUCUCAAGAAAGCAGUAGAUUAUGCACUUAACUAUGCUGAGUUUAAGAAAUAUCUCGACAACAUUCCAUUUAGAGAGGUCUUGAUGAUUCAUAAAUAUUUCACAUUUGCAGACAAAAAGAUCAAGGUCAUCAUGUAUAAAGAACAGAUAGAUAAGGUCAGCGAUGAUUUGCUAAAUGAAGUUAACGAAAAACCUGAAAAAGUUAGCAAAACUGAAGUCCAAGCUAAAAAGAAAAGAGAUGGAAAUAAGGUAGUCAGAGCGAAUAAGAAAGUUGACAAGCUCAAAGAUGAAUUUAAAGAUAACCUGAAAAAUGGCAUUACGGAGGAGGAAUUCCCAGCUCUUGGAGGCCCACCUGCUCCAAAGCAAAAAUCACCUCCAAAGAAGAGUCCAGGCAAAGCUCCUACAGAAGAGGUGAAAACAGCACCAUCCGAGCCAACAAUUGGUGAAUUAGAACAAGAAAUGAAACAAAACAAUGAAUUAAUUAAAAGACACAAAUUGAAUCCAAACAAGCCAAACAACAAAAAGAAAAAGAGCAAAAAGCCAACCAAAAUGAAGAUGGCCAAGGAAGAAUUCCCAGGCCUCCCCGGAAGCUAAUCUCCCCCCUCCACUCCUUUACAAUCACCUCCGCUCCAACCCACCUCCCUCAGCUAAACAUGUAAUAGGAUUUACUAAAAUUACGUUCCAACUCAAUUC